AGUUUAAUUUUUAUUUUCUGUUGUUAUCUGUUGAAAUUCACUCUUUCUCUGUCAAAAUGGCUGCCGCGCAAGAGGUGAGGCGUGAACCAAUUCAAGCCGUUCAAGUGUUCGGCCGCAAGAAAACUGCCACAGCAGUAGCCUACUGCAAACGUGGUCAGGGAGUCCUCAGAGUGAAUGGACGCCCCUUGGACCUGGUGGAGCCCCGUCUUCUCCAGUACAAACUACAGGAACCCAUUCUCUUAUUGGGCAAGGAAAAGUUCUCUGGAGUGGACAUCAGAGUCACUGUGAAGGGUGGUGGUCAUGUAGCACAGGUGUACGCCAUCAGACAAGCCAUUUCCAAGGCCCUUAUCGCCUUUUACCAGAAAUAUGUAGACGAAGCCUCCAAGAAGGAAAUCAAAGAUAUCCUCGUCCAAUACGAUAGGAGUUUGCUGGUGGCCGACCCUCGGCGCUGCGAGCCCAAGAAGUUUGGCGGUCCCGGAGCCCGCGCAAGAUACCAGAAAUCUUAUCGUUAAUUGUUUUCGGAAGGCGCGCGCUUUGGUAUUGCUCUGGUGUCUAUGGUCAGGGCAAUAUCAUUGCGUGGUUAAAUAAAAAAUAAGAAAAUA